GCUGGGGUCCGGUCAACAGGCUUCUGACAUCCCACUUCACUUGCUUAUUGCCUCCCGCAAUUCGCCUUGUCCGUAUUUUCUUCUUCUUUUUUCUCCCCCUCAACCCACCAGUUGAGGUUCCUGACGACAUUCUGCUAUACACAAUAGCACCCUGCGGGAACCACCAUCCACUACUCGAGCGAGCCCUGCCGAGCUUGCUGCCAUCUUUGGCACCGACUCGUUGAGCUCCUCAAAUCGCCCGAGCCUCUAGGGAGACCAUUCUCGAUACCCCCUUCUUCCUAUUGACCAUGGCUUCCAAGGCCUUCCCGCCAGCUUCGGCUCGCCUUAGCGGCCAGAACGAGGACCUCUUCUGCUUGGAGCUCGAGGAUGGCUCCGCCUACCAGGGCUACAGCUUCGGUGCUCCCAAGAGCAUCGCCGGUGAGCUGGUCUUCCAGACCGGCAUGGUUGGCUACCCCGAGUCCGUCACAGACCCUUCCUACCGUGGCCAGAUACUCGUCAUCACAUUCCCCCUAGUUGGCAACUAUGGUGUCCCCUCGCGGGAAACCAUGGACGAGCUGCUUCGCGACCUGCCCGCCCAUUUCGAGUCGUCCCAGAUCCACAUAGCCGGUCUUGUCACCGCCUCCUACUCGGGCGAGGACUACUCUCACUUCCUGGCAACUUCUUCGCUCGGCACAUGGCUGAAGGAGCAGGGCAUACCGGCGAUGCAUGGUGUUGACACCCGUGCAUUGACCAAGCACAUCCGUGAGAAGGGUAGCAUGCUGGGCCGCAUGCUGCUGCAAAAGCCGCAAGGCGCCAAUGGCAUUCCUAAUGGCACCCUCGGCCAGGCGAACGGUGUCCCCCAGGCCAUGAAGGACUGGAAGCCGUACUUUGACACCGUUGAUUGGGUCAACCCCAAUGAGAAAAACCUCGUAGCAGAGGUGUCCAUCAAGGCGCCAAAACUGUACACGCCUCCCGCAGACAUCGCUGUGAAGCACCCGUCUGGUAGGACCAUCCGAAUCCUCUGCCUCGACGUUGGUAUGAAAUACAACCAGCUUCGUUGCUUCCUCAAGCGAGGUGUAGAGGUCCUGGUAUGCCCCUGGGACCAUGACAUUGUGGCGCAGGCGGGCGAGGAGUACGAUGGUCUGUUCAUCUCCAACGGACCGGGUGACCCUUCCGUCCUCGAUGUCACCGUAAAAAACAUUGCAGCGGCCAUGGCAAAGAACCGCACCCCGGUGUUCGGUAUCUGCUUGGGCCACCAGCUGCUCGCCCGGGCUGCCGGAGCCGGUACGACCAAGCUCAAGUUUGGUAACAGAGGUCACAACAUUCCUUGCACAAGCCUGGUCACUGGAAAGUGCCACAUCACAUCUCAGAACCACGGUUUCGCCGUCGACAGCAAGACUCUCCCCUCAGACUGGCAGGAGCUCUUCGUGAAUGCCAAUGAUGGAACCAACGAGGGUAUUGCCCACGUCAACAAGCCAUACUUCAGUGUUCAGUUCCACCCCGAGAGCACUCCUGGCCCACGUGACACCGAGUUCCUGUUCGAUGUCUUCAUCCAGACCAUUACCAACUGCGCUUCGGACAGCAGCCUUCUCUCAAAGCCAGUUAGCUUCCCCGGAGGCACGGCGGCACAAAACGAGGCAGCCCACCCUCGCGUCAAGCCCAAGAAGGUCCUCGUGCUUGGCAGCGGUGGUCUCAGCAUCGGCCAGGCUGGUGAAUUCGACUACUCUGGCAGUCAGGCCAUCAAGGCCUUGAAGGAGGAGGGCAUCUACACUGUGCUCAUCAACCCCAACAUUGCCACCAUCCAGACGUCCAAGGGUCUGGCGGACAAGGUCUACUUCCUUCCGGUGAACGCCGAAUUUGUUCGAAAGGUCAUCCAAUACGAGCGGCCCGAUGCCAUCUACGUCACCUUUGGUGGCCAGACUGCCCUGCAAGUCGGUAUCCAGCUCAAGGAUGAGUUUGAGGAGCUUGGAGUCAAGGUCCUCGGCACACCGAUCGACACCAUCAUCACAACCGAGGAUCGUGAGCUGUUUGCUCGCAGCAUGGAGUCUAUCGGUGAGAAAUGCGCCAAGUCUGCCUCAGCAAGCAAUGUCGAUGAGGCCAUGAUAGCUGUCAAGGAUAUCGGCUUCCCCGUUAUCGUGAGAGCCGCCUAUGCUCUUGGUGGGCUGGGCAGUGGCUUCGCCAACAACGAAGCCGAGCUUCUUGACCUCUGCAACAAGGCCUUCGCUGCCAGUCCUCAAGUGCUCAUCGAGCGCAGUAUGAAGGGCUGGAAGGAGAUCGAGUACGAAGUGGUCCGUGAUGCCCAGGACAACUGUAUCACCGUCUGUAACAUGGAGAACUUUGACCCCCUGGGUAUCCACACCGGUGACUCGAUUGUGGUUGCUCCUUCUCAGACCCUGUCUGACGAGGAUUACAACAUGCUUCGAACUACUGCCGUCAACGUUAUCCGUCACCUCGGCGUGGUUGGAGAAUGCAACAUCCAGUAUGCGCUCAACCCAUUCUCAAAGGAGUACUGCAUCAUCGAAGUCAACGCAAGACUUUCAAGAUCCUCGGCACUCGCCUCCAAAGCUACUGGGUACCCUCUUGCUUUUAUCGCCGCCAAGCUGGGGUUGAACAUCCCCCUGAAGGACAUCACAAACACGGUUACCCGGUCCACUUGCGCGUGUUUCGAGCCCUCUCUCGAUUACGUCGUGGUGAAGAUGCCUCGUUGGGACCUCAAGAAGUUCACUCGAGUGUCGACACAGCUGGGCUCUUCCAUGAAAAGUGUUGGUGAGGUCAUGAGCAUCGGCAGGAGCUUCGAAGAAGCGAUCCAGAAAGCCAUCCGUGCGAUUGACUUCCAGAACCUGGGCUUUAACGAGACCUCGAACGCCCUCAUGUCGAUUGAUGACGAGCUGCAGACACCAUCGGAUCAGCGUCUCUUUGCCAUUGCCAACGCGAUGCAUGCCGGCUACACUGUUGACAAGAUCUGGGAGCUGACCAAGAUCGACAAGUGGUUCCUUAACAAGCUCAAGGGCUUGAGCAACUUCAGCAAAGAGAUGGCACAGUAUAACACUGGCGACAUCACUUCAAACCCGAACAUUCUGCUACAGGCCAAGAGACUCGGGUUCUCGGACCGACAGCUUGCCAAAUUCUGGAACUCGAACGAGUUGGCGGUGCGUCGACUGAGGGACGAGGCUGGCAUUAUGCCCUUCGUCAAGCAGAUUGACACCGUGGCCGCCGAGUUCCCGGCUAUGACCAACUAUCUGUACCUGACCUACAACGCAACAGAACACGACGUCAAGUUUGACGAACAUGGUGUUAUGGUCCUGGGCUCUGGUGUGUACAGAAUUGGUUCAUCCGUCGAGUUCGACUGGUGCUCGGUCCGGGCUAUUCGCACGCUCCGUGAGGCUGGCUUCAAGACCAUGAUGGUGAAUUACAACCCCGAAACUGUGAGCACCGAUUACGACGAAGCCGACAAGCUCUAUUUCGAGAACAUCACCAUCGAGACUGUUCUUGAUAUCUACCAGUUGGAGUCCGCAAAGGGUAUUCUCGGCGCCAUGGGUGGUCAGACACCCAACAACAUCGCCCUGCAGCUUCACCGAGCUGGAGCCAAGAUGCUGGGAACGUCUCCUGAGAUGAUUGACUCGGCCGAGAACCGAUACAAGUUCUCUCGUAUGCUUGACCGCAUUGGUGUCGACCAGCCUACUUGGAAGGAGUUGACCAGCUUCGACAAGGCUAAGGAGUUCUGUAACAUCGUCUCCUAUCCUGUCCUGGUCAGACCUUCUUACGUACUGUCCGGUGCCGCUAUGAACACAGUCUACUCUGAGGCAGAUCUGGAGAACUACCUGAAGCAGGCAACGGAUGUGUCACCUGAACACCCGGUCGUCAUCACUAAGUACAUUGAGAAUGCCAAGGAAAUUGAGAUGGACGCUGUCGCCCAUGACGGAGAGCUUGUCGGCCACUUCAUCUCCGAGCACGUCGAAAAUGCCGGUGUGCACUCGGGUGAUGCGACUCUGAUCCUGCCGCCCCAAGAUCUGGAGAAGACCACUAUCGAGCGUAUCGAAGAAGCGACUCGCAAGAUUGCCGUUGCGCUGAACGUUACUGGACCCAUGAACAUUCAGUUCAUUGCCAAGGACAACGAUAUCAAGGUUAUCGAGUGCAACGUCCGUGCGUCUCGUUCGUUCCCCUUCGUCUCCAAGGUCAUGGGUGUCGACCUGAUCGAGAUGGCUACCAAGGCCAUCAUGGAUGUGCCUUUCGAGCCAUACCCUGUGGUUGAGAGGCCUGCCGAUGCCGUUGGUGUCAAGGUCCCGCAGUUCAGUUUCUCCCGUCUGUCCGGAGCCGACCCUGUUUUGGGAGUUGAGAUGGCCUCGACCGGUGAGGUUGCCUGUUUCGGUGUUGACAAGUAUGAGGCAUACUUGAAGGGUUUGAUGUCCACUGGUUUCAAGAUCCCCAAGAACAACAUCCUGCUCUCACUGGGAUCUUACAAGGACAAGAUGGAGAUGCUUCCGUCUAUCAAGAAGCUGCAGGAACUCGGGUACAAGCUCUUCGCCACAGCAGGUACUGCCGACUUCCUCCAGAACCAUGAUAUUCCCGUACAAUUUUUGGAGGCACUACAGGAGGACGACCAGAAAUCCGAAUUCUCGCUCACGCAGCAUUUGGCAAACAACAUGAUCGACUUGUACAUCAACCUGCCCUCCAAUAACAAGUACCGCCGCCCAGCCAACUACAUGAGCAAGGGUUACAGGACACGAAGAAUGGCCGUUGAUUACCAGAUUCCCCUGGUCACGAACGUGAAAAACGCAAAGAUCCUCGUCGAGGCCAUUGCCAAGCACAUGGCUCUCGACGUGAGCAUCGUGGACUACCAGACCAGCCACCGUACUGUUGUGCUCCCUGGUCUGGUCAACAUCGCCGCCUUCGUGCCAGGCAUUGUCUCGGAGAAGAGCCGCGACUUGGAGGCUGUGACCAAGGCCUCCCUCGCUGCAGGUUUCACCAUGAUUCGGACCAUGGCUGUCGGCCGGGAGGGCGCUAUCACAGAUGCGCGGUCCUUGACCGCCGCUCAGCAGAACGGCAAGUCUGGGAUCUACUGUGACUUCAACGUGUCAGUCGCUGCCACCUCAUCGAACGCCAACCAGAUCAGCCACGUUGCUGGAGAAGUGGGUGCCUUGUUCAUCCCCUUCAACCACCUGUCCGACAAUAUCAGCAAGGUUGCCGCCGUCACUGCCCACUUCGAUGCUUGGCCAUCACACAAGCCAAUUUUGACAGAUGCCAAGCUCACCGACCUGGCAUCGAUUCUCCUUUUGGCCAGCCUGCACAACCGCAAGAUCCACGUCACGUCUGUCACAAACAAGGAUGACAUCAAGCUCAUCGGACUAAGCAAGCAGAAGGGGCUCAAGGUCACAUGUGAUGUGUCCAUCUACUCUCUGUACCUGUCGCAGAAUGACUACCCUCAAUGUGACUUCCUGCCGACUGUCGAGGAUCAACGCGCCCUGUGGGAGCAUCUGAGCGACAUCGACAUCUUCUCCAUUGGCAGUCUGCCUUACCAGUUGGCAGCUGCCGCUGGUGCUGAGGUCGAUGCCACGGUUGGAAUCGCCGAGGCCCUUCCCCUGCUUCUCACCUCUGUAAGCGAGGGCAAGCUCACCGUCGACGACAUCAAGAAGCGUCUGCAUGACAACCCCGUUGAGAUCUUCGAGUUGCAUGACCAAGCUGGCACUUUUGUGGAGGUCGAGAUCGAGCGUCCUUCUACAGUCUCCACCACCGCUGGCUGGUCUCCAAUUGCUGGACGUGUCGUGAGGGGAGCUGUUCAGCGCAUCACAUUCCAGGACAAGCUUGUCUGUCUUGAUGGACAGAUUCUUGAUGGACCUGCCAUCGGAAAGGACAUGUCAAGACAUGGCGCCUUGCCGCCACCCAUGUCGCCGCUGAUGAAGCCAGCCUUGCAAGCUGCGGAGACCCCACGAACGACGGAUCGCCGCUCCUCAGUAAUUGGCUCAGCGCGGCCGAUCGUCAAGCCUCGCGGCUUGGACAAUGCGCUGGGUCAGUCGUUCAAGAACACAGUCUUCGAAGACUUCGGCCCAUCGCUGCCUCUCCAGUCCUCCCAUGACAGCCCUCUGCAGGCGCUUCUGGCUCAGCCGCACUCGUUCAAGAUGUCUCACGUCCUGUCGGUGACUCAGUACACUCGUGCCGACCUGCACCUCCUGUUCACCGUCGCACAGGAGAUGCGGACCGGGGUUCAGCGUGAGGGCGUCCUGAACGUGCUCAAGGGCCGUCUGCUCUGCACAAUGUUCUACGAACCCUCGACACGAACGUCAGCGUCGUUCGACGCCGCGAUGCAGCGCCUUGGCGGGCGAACUAUCGCCAUCUCCACGUCGACUUCUUCUGUCAAGAAGGGCGAGACCCUCCAGGACACACUGCGGACUCUUGCCUGCUAUGGAGAUGCCGUCGUCCUGCGCCAUCCUGAAGAAAGCUCGGUCAAGGUCGCAAGGAAGUUCUCGCCUGUCCCAGUCAUCAACGGCGGUAACGGAUCCAAGGAGCACCCCACCCAGGCCUUCCUGGACCUCUUCACCAUCCGUGAGGAGCUGGGUACCGUGCAGGGCCUGACCAUCACCUUCGUCGGAGACCUGCUCUACGGGCGCCCCGUGCACUCGCUUGUCUACCUGCUCCAGCACUACCAGGUCAAGGUGCAGCUCGUCUCGCCCAAGAGCCUGGCGCUGCCGCCGCAGGUGUACGAACAGCUUGUCAAGUCGGGCCAGCUCCUGACCGUGUCGGAGACCCUGACGCCCGAGAUCCUGGGCCGCAGCGACGUCCUGUACUGCACGCGUGUGCAGCAGGAGCGCUUCCCCAGCAAGGAGGAGUACGAGGCGGUCCGCGGUGCGUACCGCAUCGACAACGCCACGCUGAAGCAUGCCAAGAGCAGCAUGAUCGUCAUGCACCCGCUGCCGCGGAACGAGGAGAUCGCGGAGGAAGUGGACUUCGACCCCAGGGCGGCGUACUUCAGACAGAUGAAGUAUGGUCUCUACACCCGCAUGGCUCUCUUGGCUCUUGUCAUGUCCAACUGAGAAUCUUGUGCUGCUGUGUAUUUAGACUGACUUGCUAUUUGCGUGUUACGAAAAUUUCUGGACGGGUAAAAUCUGGUACCAACAGGAUGGUGCAAAGAAAGAGAAAAGUAUCUGAGAGUUCGAAAUGGUUUCCGCUCUUUUCUUUCUCUUCGCAUUUUUUUUCUUAUAAAUUAGACCCGUAAAAGGUCACAGACCAACGUAUACAAAGGCAUCAAGUAGACGUAAAUGGGGCUCACACCCUGGAUUUUGGUUAGGUUUGUGUGUGAAUACGCUGGGUGUAUAUGUUAGUUAUGUAUGUAUGUAUGUUUUGUAUACGUUGUAUGUUAGGUGUUUGGGUGGUGUGUGUUUUGCGUUUGGGUCGUUUUUUGUUUGGGUUUGGUGGAUGGAUUUUUGUAUAUAGCGUAUUCUGUGUUUUCAAUGAUACCCCCUCCAGUUUU